AUGUUGGAGCAAGACCAACCGAGCAGCAGCCAUGGGAAUGGGAAAGAGAAGGAGAAGGCCGCGCCACACCUGGAGCACCAAAGCCGCCCUAAGGAGGCGGAGAAGGAGAAGGAGGGCUCCCAGGCAGGGGGACAGAUCUGUUCUUCCCACAGCAGCCUACCUGACCACCCACUAGUGGGUCUGAGUUCAGCCAGGGCUGGGACUGGCUCCGAACAUGGCAGUGCCCCUCCACCAGACACCACAGAUGGUCAAGGUGCUGAUAGUGAUGGCCAUGGUGGUGGUAGUGGUGAUAAUGAUGGCCAUGGUGAUGGCAAUAGUCAUGGUGAUGGCAGUGGUGGUUAUAGCUAUGGGGAUGGUGAAUGUGAUGCUAAUGGUGACAAUCUUACAGAUGGUGCUGGUGAUGGCAACAGUGAUAGUGAUGGUGCUAGAAUCAGCCUUCUCAGCUUGGAAGACUCCAGUACUUUGCGCUGCAAUACAGAAAACCUCUUGGGGAACAUGAAGAAACAGAAUGCACUGGAGGUGGUGGAGAACAAUGGUGAAGAGACCCAGGAAGAGUCUGAGGGACAUGAGGGAUGUGCUGAGCCCAGGAGGGCCAGAGGUGAACAGAGUCACUUUUAUGAAAAUGCUUCUCUAGACCAGUGGCUAUCCUUAGAGACAAGUGCUCUCCCGAGACCGCGCUGGCAAGUUCUUUCCAGGCUGAGGGACAGGCAGCUGGGGUCAAGUGCCCAUUUUGUGUAUGAUGCCUGUGGGGCAAGAGCCUUUGUCCAGCGCUUCUGCCUACAGUAUUCUCUUGAAGGCCAUGCUGCAUGUGUCAAUACAGUGCACUUUAACCAGCGUGGUACCAGGCUGGCCAGUAGCAGUGAGGAUCUGCACGUGAUUGUGUGGGACUGGGUACAUCAGCGCCCAGUACUAAACUUCCAUAGUGGCCACCAAUAUAAUGUUCUACAGACUCAGUUCCUUCCUAAUUCUAAUGACUCCAUGCUGGCCACGUCUGGUCUUGAUGGGCGCGUCCGGGUAGCAUACCUCUCUGCUAUGCCAUCCACUGAGAUCACCAAGUGUUUGGUGAGGCACACGGGAGCAGCUCACAAGUUGGCUUUGGAGCCUGACUCCCCUUCCAAGUUCCUCACUUGUGGUGAAGAUGGUGUUGUGUUCAAAAUUGACCUCCGGCAAAGUCCACCAGCUUCAAAAGUGGUUGUGACAAAAGAGAAUGAGAAGAAAGUGGGACUAUAUGCAAUCUGUACCAAUCCUGCUAAUAUCUAUCAAUUUGGAGUGGGUGGACAGGAUCAGUUUGUAAGGAUUUAUGACCAGAGGAAAAUUGACCAGAAAGAGAACAAUGGAGUACUCAAGAAGUUCUGUCCUCAUCACCUGGCUGAAACCAAUUCUCCACCAUAUGUCACAGGCCUUACAUACAGUCAUGAUGGCACUGAGCUCCUAGCCAGCUAUAAUGAUGAUGACAUCUUCCUCUUUAUCUCCUGUGAUGAUGAUGGAGCUCAGUACAAGAAGAGAUAUAUGGGACACAGAAAUAAUGCCACAGUGAAAAGUGUCCAUUUCUAUGGCCCCAGAAGUGAAUUUGUAGUGAGUGGUAGUGACUGUGGGCACAUUUUCUUUUGGGAAAAAUUGUCUUGCCAGAUUGCUCAGUUCUUGGAGGGUGAUGAUGGAGGCAUAGUACACUCUAUUGAUCCCCAUCCUAACCUGCCUGUGAUGGCAAGCUGUGGCCUAGAUGAGGAAGUCAAGGUCUGGGCCCCCACAGCUGGAGCUCCUACUGAGCUACCUGGGAUAAAGGAUGUGGUAAAAAUCAAUAGACAGAAAGGAGAUGACUUUAACUUGUACCAUGCCUCCCUCUUUGACAACCACAUGCUUUGGUUCCUCACAAGUCACCUUACAGAGGGCCACCCACAGCAUCCUGAGAAUACUCCUAGACAUGGUGCCAGCAGUGCAGGUGUCGAUGUCUCUGACAGCACCUCUGAAGCAUGA